AAAAUGGUUAAUAUUCCUAAAUUAAGACGCACAUUUUGUGAAGCAAAACAAUGUCGAAAACAUACACAACAUAAAGUAACGCAAUAUAAGAAAGGAAAAGAUUCUCUGUAUGCUCAAGGAAAACGACGUUAUGAUCGGAAACAAAGAGGUUAUGGUGGUCAAACAAAGCAGAUUUUUCGAAAAAAAGCAAAGACGACUAAAAAAGUGGUCUUGAAGCUAGAAUGCACUGUUUGUAAACGCAAAAAACAAAUUCCUUUAAAACGUUGCAAACAUUUUGAGUUGGGCGGGGAUAAAAAGACCAAAGGUGCAGCAUUGAUGUUUUAAAGCCCAAUUAUGGGAAUCUAUCAAGGCUUUUGUUUAAAA